AUGAAGAGAGGAAGAGCGGGAACGUUGAAAAACAAAAUGAGAAUAACGCUUUCACUCCCCGUGGGAGCUCUCAUCAACUGCUGUGAUAAUAGUGGAGGAAAAAACUUGUACAUUAUUGCUGUGCAGGGAUUUGGCUCAUGCUUGAACAGACUGCCUGCUGCCUCACUUGGUGACAUGGUGCUAGCUACCGUGAAGAAGGGAAAACCCGAUCUGAGGAAAAAAGUGCUAAACGCAAUAAUCACGCGUCAGUCGAAGGCCUGGAGAAGGCACGAAGGGUACUUCAUUUACUUCGAGGACAACGCCGGUGUUAUCGUUAACCCCAAAGGAGAAAUGAAGGGAUCUGCAAUAACAGGACCUGUUGCAAGGGAAUGCGCAGAGUUGUGGCCCAAGUUAUCUUCUGCCGCGUCGGCCAUUGUUUAA